AACCCAGGACCCACUGGAUCUGGAUGAUCCACUGUCUGCUGGAGCCACAGGAGUGAUGGUAGCCACCACCAUGACCCCUGGCCGCAUGCUGCCCCAGGUGCUGCCCCUGGCCUUGCUACUGCUAGCCACCUGCACCUUCGGUCAGUUCGCAGUCUUCCUACAGCGCCAUGUUGACCAGCCCAAGUCGCAGGUCCCAGGAGGGUCGAGGCAAUACUGCAAUGUGCUGAUGCAGCGCCGCAGGCUCAACACGGGGAACCGCUGCAAACCCCUCAACACCUUCAUCCACGAGAACCAGGGAGCUCUGGUCGCCCUGUGCCGCACCCCGGCCAGGAGGUGCCGCAACCCGCGGAUGCACAACUGUCACCGCAGCCCCCAGCGUCUGAGAGUCACCGACUGCAGGGCCAUCCCCGGUGGCCAGCCCCCCGGAUGCCGUUACCGCUCCUUAGCCCGGUCCCGCAACAUCGUUGUGGCCUGUGUUGGGGGGCAGCCUGUCCAUCUCGAUGGGUAGAGGUAUCGCCUGCUCUCCCUCCAUCAAGAAUCCCAAGAGCUUUUCCCUAACAGAGGCUCGGGAUCCUCCCUGACCCCCCCCACCCAGGAGUCCCCCAUUCCCCCUAAGUUUCUUUGCAGCCCCUCCCCUUAUCCCCACUAGUCCCUGGAAGUUUUGUUUUUGGUGUAAUAAAUCUGUUUUCUGCCCGA